AUGAAGCUGCGAGUCUACCUGUCCGCAAUUCGCCCUAUCAUGAUGUAUGGAUUGGAGACUUGUGCAGCACCGUCUACGUUGAUGGAGAGGCUUGAACGCAUGAGAAGGAAGCUGCUUAGACGGCUGCUUUUCUACUUUUGGCCGAAGGAGACAAGCAGCUCGCCUUCUUCAACGAGUUUUGUUGGAUCAGUCGGAUUCAAGCUGGCAGAGGCCACCUGGUCGAAAGCGGAAGUUCUGGACUGA